AUGGCAGAAAAUCGAUUUACCAAGACAAUUAAAAUGUUGCAAACUGAUGGUGGUGGUGAGUUUACUAGCCGUGUUUUUGUCAACUUUCUUCGUGAUAACGGUAUAUCCCAACAGGUGUCAUGUCCCUACACGCCACAACAAAAUGGCACCGUCGAAAGGAAGCAUCGACAUAUAGUUGAGAUGGGACUUUGCUUACUUGCUCAAUCACACUUGCCAUCUAAUUUUUGGGUUGAGGCAUUCACUACAGCAGUGUUUCUCAUAAACCGUUUGCCCAUGACUCACCUUGGUAAUAUAUCCCCAUAUGAAAAAUUAUUUCACCAAUCCCCAGAUUACAGGUUUCUUAAAGCAUUUGGCUGCACAUGCUUUCCUCACAUGGUACCAUAUAAUAAGCACAAGCUCAUGCCUAAAUCCAUAAAGUGCAUAUUCAUUGGUUAUGACAACAAAUACAAGGGAUAUCGAUGCUUAGAUGUGGCCUCAGGUAAAAUCUAUAUUUCUCGUAAUGUUCAAUUUGAUGAACUUACUUUCCCUUAUCAGGAGCUUAAAUCAAAGGUGUCACCAAGUGGGCAGUCACUGCAAUCCAUUCCAUUGGAGUUCUCUAUCCUUUCACAGCAAAGAAAUAUUCCAGACAAGCCAUCUCCUUUAAAUGAUGUAACUCCAGCAGCUGAUUUUGGCACUCCAAGUGUACACACCAGCAACCUUAGAGAGCCCAUUCAGCAAGAGCGUGAUCAAGCACCUCUCUUGCCAAUGCCAGCCCACACAGAUGGCCCAAUUGAUUCAAUUCAGCCCAGUGACAGUGUCUCUCAUAUUCCUGAUCCUCUCAGCAGUCCUCUUAUUUCACGUGCCAACAGUCCUGAUGCCACUCCAAUAUCUCCAUCUACCCCCCAAUCUUCACCAAUGCCACCCAAAUUUAGGAGCCUUGAUGAACUCAACAGACUUAUCCACGGUCCACCUUCGCAUCCACUUCCGCAAGGAUUAACAGCAAGUCUUAAAGAUCCUUUAUCACUGGAACCUUCCAGCUACACUCAGGCCUCCAAGUUUCCUCAUUGGCAAGAAGCCAUGACAGAAGAAUAUGAUGCCCUUAUGCGUAAUCAGACUUGGUCCCUAGUUCCUAUCUCCCCAAAUAUGAAUAUUGUGGGAUGUAAGUGGGUCUUUCGCGUCAAACGUAAGGCCGAUGGCACCAUUGAGAGACAUAAAGCCCGUCUUGUGGCCAAGGGAUAUAAUCAAAAGGAAGGAUUUGACUACUACGAGACCUUUAGUCCUGUUGUUAAACCUGCCACUAUACGCACUAUUUUGGCCUUGGCGGUUUCACAAAAUUGGAUCUUACAGCAACUUGACGUACGCAAUGCUUUCCUCAAUGGUAUUUUACAAGAAGAAGUCUACAUGGUGCAACCCCCUGGCUUUGUCGAUCCUCUUCACCCUAAGCACGUAUGCCGACUUCACAAGGCACUUUAUGGACUCAAGCAAGCCCCCCGAGCUUGGUUUCAGCGCCUUACUUCCUUUUUACUUGGUCAAGGCUUCCUUCAUAGCAAGUCUGAUGCAUCUUUAUUCAUCCAUCACUCCUCCACUUUUUCCAUUUAUGUGCUAGUAUAUGUUGAUGAUCUUAUUGUCACAGGCCAAAAUGCUUCUGUCAUCAACACAUUCAUUGACAAAUUAUGCUCCACAUUUGCAAGUCGAAAAUUGGGUGCUCUCCAUUUCUUCCUUGGCAUGGAAGUCACUCGAUGUGCCAAUCAGUUGUCCUUGUCUCAAGCCAGAUAUGCUUCAGAUUUAUUAAAGAAGUUUAAAAUGGACCUCUGCAAACCUUGCCCUACACCUUUGCUUUCCUCUCAACGACUCUCUGCUCAUGAUGGUGAUUCCCUUUCAGACCCUGAAACCUAUCGUAGCAUGGUUGGAGGACUUCAAUAUCUCACUUUAUCUCGCCCAGACAUUGCAUAUGCCGUCAACCAAGUCUGUCAAUACAUGCACAAUCCCAAGACUACUCAUCUACAAGCCGUCAAACGCAUUUAUCGUUACAUAAAAGGGACUAUUGAACAUGGCCUUAUUUAUCGCUCUUCCCCUGAUUACACAUUACGCGCCUUCUCUGAUGCAGAUUGGGCCGGCUCUCUUGACGACCGUCGUUCAACUAGUGGGGCUUGCAUCUUUCUUGGUCCCAACAUUCUCACCUGGACCGCCAAAAAGCAAUCCACUGUUUCUAGGUCCAGCUCAGAAGCCGAGUAUAGAGCCCUUGCUACAACAAUUGCUGAACUUCAAUGGUUUCGUUAUCUUUUCCGUGAACUUGGGGUUCCGCUUCGCACUCCACCAUGCGUCUUUGUCGACAAUAUUUCUGCCCUUCACAUGGCCGCAAAUCCCGUCUUCCAUGCUCGCACGCGUCAUAUUGAAAUUGAUUAUCAUUUUGUUCGUGAACUACUGGCACGUGGAGUUCUUCGCACACGCCAUGUCUCUUCCCAACAUCAAUUAGCCGACAUUUUUACCAAAAGUCUCUCCAGAGAACGGUUCUCCUUCCUUUCUGGCAAGCUCAAUCUCCACUUGGUUCCGUUUCGCUUGAGGGGGGGUGAAGAGAACGACAAUCAAGCCAAGAAUCCCACUAUCUCAAGUCAACCUCCAAUCACAACGUGA